GAAGAGAGAGACAGGCUGACCAGCGACCGAAGUACCUGGCCAGGAACGAAUGGGACAGGGCAUGGCAUCGACCAUCUCUACCAUCAGCCUGCUCUCUGAGAGGCACUUCCUGUGUCCGCUGUGUAAGGACAUCUUCAGCAGUCCCGUGACCACUCCAUGUGGCCACAGCUUCUGUCAGGCCUGCCUGUGUGGGUACUGGACCCGGCACCGUUCGGACUACUGUCCCCUCUGUAAGAGGUUGUUCCAUACCAGGCCAGACCUUAGUGUCAACCGCAUCCUGGCUGACGUCUCUGACAACUACAGGAAGACGAGGCCAGAGAGCCCUGAGGAGAGCCACGACACGCCACAGGUUGUAGACAUUGACCAGAUGAUCCAGGAGAGACUGCAGAAAGUCGACAGACUCAGACACUCCCUGCAGCUCCUCAAAAACUCGUGUCUGAGGGAGGUGCGUGAGAGCCAGAAGGUGUUCUCUGCCCUGGUGAGUUCCAUGGAGAAGAGCCACAAGGCCGUGGUGACAGCCAUCGAGGAGAGAGAGGGGGGGGAGGAGAGGAUUGUUGAGAAGCUGGUGAAGGAGCUGGAACAGGAGAUUAAACAGCUGAGGAAUGGAGACACUGAACUGGGGCCUUCUCAUUCUCAGCAGAGCCAUGAUGAGCUAUGUGGUGGUGGUAAGAAGACUGUUGCUGUGAGCACCACUUCCACCCUGGGUUACUCUGAGAGGAGGGACUGGUCCAAGGUUACCAUGGAGACAGACCCCUGCAUGGGCGUGACCAGGAGAGCAGUGUCAGACCUGAUGGACAUGGUCAAGGGAGAGCUCAACAGACUCUCUAAAGCUGAGCUGAAGAAAAUACAGAAAUACACAGUAGACAUCUCCCUGAGUCCCAAGACGGCCCACGCCUCCCUCUCUGUCUCAGACGACCGGAAACAGGUGCGACACACAGACAAACACCAGGAGGUCCCAGACAACCCCAAGAGGUUUGACCGCGUGGCCAACGUCCUGGGCAGAGAGUCCUUCAGCAGCGGCAGGUCCUACUGGGAGGUGGAGGUGGGAGAGAAGCUAGAGUGGAACCUGGGCGUGGCCAGACAGUCCAUCAACAGGAAGGGGAAGUUUACAGUCAGCCCAGCCAAUGGCUUCUGGACACUGAGCCUAAAGAGCGGGGGUCAGUACGUAGCUAACACCUCCCCCACCAUCACCCCCGUGGGCCUGGAGCAGAAGCCCAGGAAGGUGGGGGUGUUUCUGGACUACGUGGAGGGCAGAGUGUCCUUCUACUGCGCGGAGACUGGAGUUCACAUCCAUACAUUUACAGAUAGCUUCACUGAUAGACUACACCCGCUCUUUAGUCCUGGGAGGCAACAUGGGGGCAGGAAUAUCGCUCCUCUGGUUAUUACUACUAGCUUCUGUAGCAUCUGAGCCCCCUGACUUAACCCCCACACCUGGAAUAUAGUCAUUUAAUAAUUCCAUUAUGUAGCCUGAUGUCUCAUAAAGCCCACUCAGUCCUCUCUCAUGUCUGCAUUUUCUGUUGGAUAAGCCUGCCUCCUUCCUUAUGUUGAGUUAGUGCAUUAUCUGUAUUAUCAGGGAAUUAGCUGGGUAAUCAAUAGUAAUGCUAUAAUUUAUUUGAAUUAUAAUUUUUGACAGUAUAAAUGAACCCUCUAAUAUA